AUGAGCGCGCUAACGCUUUCUGUCAAGUCCUCGCUGACCUCGCGAGGGGCGUCGCGAGCCUUCUCCCGCUCAGCCCUCCAACGAAACGCCUCGCAGCCAGCCCCUCCUUCGACCUCGCAGAACCCGCAUGCUGCACGCGUCGCUGCUGCCUCCAGCUCCAGCUCGGGCGGCGGAGAUGCACGAUCGCGACUCGCUAAGCUUCAAGCGCAGCGACUGGAGGAGCUGAACAGAGGCAAAAGCGGUUCGUCGAGUGGAGCGGGGAGGCCUGGCAAUAAGCCGGAGCAGAAGUGGUCGAAUCGCACCCUCAUCGCGCUAGCUACGUCGGUGGGGGCGUGUACGUAUCUCAUGGGCACGUAUCAUGGAUACAAUGCUGGUAAGAAGCAUGCCGAGGAGGAACUGCAGGCUGGAGCGGCAACGCCGAGUGGUGCGCCGUUGGAAGGCGAGGGAGGUUUGCCGACGAGUGUUCCAUCGGGAGCAGGUGCUACUGUGACUGGACCGAGGAAAGGAGUGCAAGGCUCGGUGGAGAUGGGCUCGCUCUCCUCAGCAUUGUCGCAGCUGAUUCCGUUCGGGUCGAUGAGAAGCUCGAUACUCUGCGAACCGGAGAAGUCCGCACCGACACAACCAAACUGCAGGCUGGCCGAGCUCACCCAGUAUCACUGCGACCUGCACACCGACCGCGUCGUCUGUCAGCCCAUCGAUCGGAUCUUCCGCAUAUGCAAGGGCCGACCCGCGGUUGAAGUCUCGCACAUUGUCGAGUUCGAUGAUUUGGGAAAGCCGUACCUUCCAGCACACCUCUCAGAAGCAAUGCCGCCAUCGUCCCACUGGCACGAGCUGAGAUCCCCAGAUCACUGA